CCCUUCUCCCGCCCUCCCACCCGCCCUCUCUCCCUCCCUCUUUCCCUCGCAGACCGACAAGGCAGCAAUUACGCUUUGGGGAUAAAACGAGGCGCAGAGAGCGGGCUGGGGCAUUUCUCCCCGAGAUGGCGGGUCCGACAGCGGCAGCCCUGCGGCCCGGAGCCCUCCUGCUUCUGCUGUGCGCCCUCCACCCCUCGCAGCCCGGAGGGGUCCCAGGGGCUGUUCCUGGUGGAGUGCCUGGAGGCGUCUUCUACCCAGGGGCUGGUCUCGGAGGCCUGGGAGGAGGAGCUCUGGGCCCUGGAGGCAAACCACCCAAGCCAGGUGCCGGAGGGCUCAUAGGCGCUGGCCUUGGAGCAGGGCUCGGGGCCUUUCCCGCAGGGGCCUACCCAGGAGCUCUGGUGCCCGGCGGCCCGGCUGGCGCUGCUGCAGCCUAUAAAGCCGCUGCCAAGGCCGGUGCUGCGGGGCUUGGUGGGAUCGGUGGCGUUGGUGGCGUUGGUGGCUUAGGAGUGUCUACAGGUGCGGUGGUCCCUCAGCUUGGAGCAGGAGUUGGAGCUGGAGGGAAGCCUGGGAAGGUGCCAGGUGUGGGGCUCCCAGGCGUAUACCCAGGUGGAGUGCUCCCAGGCACAGGAGCUCGGUUCCCGGGGGUAGGGGUGCUCCCUGGGGUUCCCACUGGAACAGGAGUCAAGGCCAAGGCCCCAGGUGGAGGCGGAGCUUUUGCUGGAAUCCCAGGAGUUGGACCCUUUGGAGGUCAGCAGCCUGGAGUCCCUCUGGGGUACCCCAUCAAGGCACCCAAGCUGCCAGGUGGCUACGGACUUCCCUACAGCACUGGGAAACUGCCCUAUGGCUAUGGGCCUGGAGGAGUAGCUGGUGCCGCGGGCAAGGCCGGGUACCCGACGGGGACAGGGGUUGGCACGCAGGCUGCAGCAGCAGCAGCAGCAGCAGCAGCAGCAGCUAAAGCAGCAGCAAAGCUUGGGGCUGGAGGAGCCGGAGUUCUCCCUGGCAUUGGUGUUGGAGGUGGUGGCGUUCCUGGCGGGGCCGGCGUGAUUCCUGGCAUCGGAGGCAUCGCAGGGGUCGGGGCUCCAGAUGCUGCUGCUGCUGCCGCAAAGGCAGCCAAAUACGGAGCUGCUGGAGGCUUAGUGCCUGGAGGGCCAGGCUUUGUUCCAGGAGCAGUCGGCAUCCCAGGAGUUGGAGUCCCAGGAGUUGGAGUCCCAGGUGUUGGGCUCCCAGGUGUUGGAGUCCCUGGUGUUGGAGUCCCUGGUGUUGGAGUCCCAGGUGUUGGGGUCCCAGGUGUUGGAGUCCCAGGUGUUGGGGUCCCAGGUGUUGGAGUCCCAGGGGCUGUGUCACCAGCUGCAGCUGCUAAAGCAGCAGCCAAAGCAGCCAAAUUCGGGGCCAGAGGCGGAGUGGGAGUUGGGGGUAUUCCCACUUACGGCGGCGUUGGUGCUGGGGGCUUUCCUGGCUACGGUGUUGGAGUCGGAGGUGUUCCUGGGGCUGGCAUUUCCCCUGCAGCCCAGGCAGCCGCCGCCAAGGCAGCCAAGAUCGGCGCAGGGAUCCAGGCAGCUGCAGCCGCCAAAGCAGCCGCCAAAGCAGCCCAGUUUGGGUUAGUCCCAGGUGUUGGCGUGGGUCCCGGUGUCGGUCUGGGUCCCGGUGUUGGCAUCGGCCCCAGUGGUGUCAUAGGUAAGCAGUGUGAGCAAGUGGGUCUGAGGGGCCUCUGAAUGUUCCAUGGGCGCCGUCCUUGAACCCCCCUCUCUCUUCUCCCAGGAGCAGGGACCCCAGCUGCAGCCAAAUCCGCUGCUAAGGCGGCAGCCAAAGCCCAGCUCCGGGCUGCCGCCGGGCUUCCUGCCGCCGUUCCCGGAUUUGGAGCCGGUGUUGGAGUGCCCGGACUUGGAGUUGGUGCCGGUGUUCCUGGACUUGGAGCUGGUGUUGGUGUUCCUGGAUUUGGGGCAGGUGCAGUACCUGGAGCCCUGGCCGCAGCUAAAGCUGCCAAGUAUGGAGCAGCAGGGCCCGGGGCCCUUGGAGAGGUUGGAGAUCUUGGCGGAGCCGGUGUCCCAGGUGGUGUGGCAGGAGCCGGACCUGAUGCUGUGGCUGCCGCCGCCAAAGCUGCUGCCAAAGCCGCCCAAUUUGGGCUGGGGGGAGUCGGUGGGCUCGGAGUCGGAGGACUGGGAGUUGGAGGGCUUGGAGCUGUCCCAGGGGUUGGGGGCCUUGGAGGUGUGUCCCCAGCUGCAGCUGCUAAAGCAGCCAAAUAUGGUGCCGCUGGCCUUGGAGGUUUCCUAGGCAUCACCAGGCCAUUCCCGAUUGGAGGUGUCGCAGCAAGGCCUGGCUUCGGACUGUCUCCUAUUUUCCCAGGUGGCGGAGCCGGCGGCCUGGGAGUUGGUGGCAAACCUCCCAAGCUCUACGGAGGGGCCCUGGGAGCCCUGGGAUAUCAAGGUGGGGCCUGCCUGGGGAAAUCCUGUGGCCGGAAGAGAAAGUGAGCUUCCCAGGACCCCCGACUCACGACCUCAUCAACGUUGGUGCUACUGCUUGGUGGAGAAUGUAAACCCUUUGUGACCCCCCCCAUCCCAUGCCCCCUCCUAAGUUCCCACCCCAGGAGGGAACAGGGCAGGCAGGGUGGCCUUGGAAAUCCACAGGGCAAGGAAACAAGAGAGUGGUGGCUAAGUGGGCUCCUGGAAGCCCCCUCCUUCAGAGGCAAGGGGUGGGUGGGCUUGGCCCCUGCCCCCACCCCCUUCCCACCCAGGAGCUCUCCCUCCACACCCUCCAUCUCCAAGGGAACUUGGUGCUAGUACUGGUGCUCUCAUUCUUCCUGCGGGGAGGGAGGAGGGAGAGGCAGCCCCUUAGGGAACCCCUUCCCUGGGGCUCCUCUGAAGAUGGUGCAGACACUUCCUGGGCAGUCUCACCUCCCCCUGCCUACUAGGACCCACCUCUGGCUGCGGUCCAGUUGGUACCCAAGCAUCGAAACCCUCAAGCUGGUUCGGUCACACCAUCUCUGGGCCCCCUUGGCCCCCUCUCCCCUACCAAUCGCUAUUCCCCAUGUCUGGGGCACCUUCAGUUCGGAAGAUUCCCCCCAUUGGGAAUAGCCCUCUUGCUCUUGUGGAAUUCAUCCACCCAUAUGCCCAUCCGUCCAUCCGUCCUGGUCCCCCCAUUUGGCUGCCCGGCACCGCUAGCUGGCUGGGUGCCCCUACCAUCAACUCGAUUAACCUGUCAUGGCAGCCUGUGCCCUGCCUCUGCCCCACCACACACACCCCUACGUAGGGGCCCCGAGCCCAGGUUGUGAGGGGCUGUCCCGACUGGGACAGAAGGAAUCUCCCCCACAAACUGGGUCUCCCCCCACGCAGUACUGUAUCCCCGGUCCCCCCACUGGAGCCACUGUACUUCAGAGCAUUUCCCCCCCUGCCCCGCCCAUCUCUUUGUGUCUCGCUGUGAUAGAUCAAUAAAUAUUUUAUUUUUUGUCCUGGA